AUGACGGAAAAUAAAAUAAUAACAUUCUCACAAAGUAAUAAAAUUGAUGAUCACGAAAAACAACAACAAACAUCGAGAAAUAACAAUGUUAAUACAAUCAUUAAUAUGGCGGAGAGACUCUCGCCUCAAGCACAUGAAGAAAUUUAUAAUAGUUUACCAACAUCAACAAAUCAACGAAAUCAUCCACACUCGUCUUCUCGACCCUCUCUUAUCUCGAAAAUUUCGUCAGCGAAAUCAUUAUCGGUCCCUCGAGAUGAACAACAAUCAACAUCAAUGACACCCGAAGAAAUAACGACAUCACUCAAAGAAAAUGUAAUUGAAGCGUUGAAGAAUCCUAUCGUAAUUGCUAUAGUGAUAUUAGCCGUUAUCGUAAUUGUUGUUGGUGGUGCAUUGAUCCUGAUGGAAUUGAAUUUGUUAACUUUGAGUAAUGAAGUACAGCAUGCUUUUUGGAUAGAGGUUUUAUCUCAAGUAUUAAAUGCGAUAUUUACACUAUUAACGAUCGUGACUGUUCAUUCACGGCUGAUACCAUUCAGACAAGCAUUACAACUACAAUACAACAUUGACGGUGACAACGAAGAAAUAAAAACUGAACGUCUACGAAUUAUUAAAAAGUAUGUUGGAUGGUAUGAUCCUGAAAAAGACUCCAUGCAAUUACUUUUAUGGGUACUCGGACUAAUCAACUUAAAUACAGUCGCGCAAGCGGUGAUCACAUGUUUCCUAUGGGGUUUUUCAGCAUAUGAUGGAUAUGGUCAUAUUGUAUUCCGAACAAUAUCUUCGAUGCAUCGACCAAAUUCAGUAUUGUAUUGCUUCGUUGCGGUGGCAAUUUUAACUUCCAUUGUUUCCGGGAUAUUAAUCUUAUCGAGAGUUACAAAGCAUAGACAACACCCAUCACCACAACACAAUCAUAACAGUAUUGAUAACACACCAGUAAUAGUUGUUAAUGGUGACGCGAGCUCUCCAAUUACGGUUGUAAUUCCGCCAGAAGAAAUAUCAACAACGCCUUACUAA